UUUUUUUUUAAACUCCCUGGCGGUGCGUUACAGACAAAGGGGCUUUUGAUGGAUUUUCAGCGAGCUCUGCCCGGGCUUCCGGAGGCCGCAGCCCGCCGCGCUGCCGGGGCUCGGGGCAGCUCCCCGGCGCCCUGUUUUCGCGGGGCUGCUCGUUUAGCGUAUUUAUGGCGCGUGAGUCAGCGGCGGGCCGGGAUUGGCUGGGAGGCGCCCCCCGGGGGCCGCGGGGCCGCGGCCGCCCCGCGGAGCGCCAUUCACGGGGCUGCCCGCCUGCACGCGCCGAGAGUCAUUCACAAAAACUUCAUUCAUAAAACGGGCGGCGCGGCGGGGCCGGCCACGGGCGAGCAGCGGCGCCGCGGAGCAGCCGCGCCGGGGCCACCGCAGCCGCGGCGCGCCGGGACCCAGCGCCGGGACCCAGCGCCGGGCACUGCAGGAUGCUGCGGAAGGACUUUCCGGCAAGAAUUAGCAAGACUUGCACUGACAGCUGCUGGCUCUGUUCAGAUCAGUAUUUUCCUUGAUUUUUUUUUUUUUUUUUUUCAUGAAUGGAGAACGUGCAAAAUGCAGCAUAGGGGUGUUUCUUCCUUUGGGGCAGCUGAAGCUGGAAAUGCUAAACGCUGGGUGCCUUGCUGGGUUCUUGGUAGUCUGAAAGCGUGUUUGAGAUUCUAGCUGUUUUGCUUUGCUUUGUGUGGAAUACGCUUGAGCUUUCGCUGCAGCCAGGACUACCUGAUUAAUGAUGCAGGCUACAACAGUGAGUCUUAAAAGCUAGCAGUGAUUUAGUGGCUUGCUUGCUUGAGGCAGAAAUGAGCUUAGGUUUGGAUAGCAGCUCUUCAGAUUAAACUGCUGGAGUAUUGCUAUGCUUUCCUAUAUGCUUCUUUUAUUACUGCUUACAAAAUACCAGAUGUCCAUGCAGUUUUAAGCCUCGCGCAUUGAGGAAAAUAAACCACUUGAGAGGCAGUCAGCAAAAAUAUCCAAUAGGUUUCUCUUUUUAAAAUUGUUUGAAUUGCUUAAUUUCCAUAUAAUUUAUCUACAAGAGCCAAUUUAUGCAAGAAUCUCCAGUUACAGAACUGCCAAGGCUAUGAGAGAACGCAACCAGCAGAGCCUCGGUGGACACGUACUGUAUGUAGGGUUAUUUAGGCAUCCAGGAAUGCUGCACAGGGCUAAAUACAGCCGAUUCAGGAAUGAUUCGAUAACAUCACUAGAUGAAGGUACACAAAAUACAUCUUUAAAUAUCAAAGGCUCUUCGUCCUCUUCCCAUUCUUCAACACCUAAUUUACUGACUGAAGAUGUCUCACUGGGGACACAGGACACCUGCACCACCUUGUGCGCUUUGAUACCCCGAAUGGCUAACAUUAAACUCGCCAACCCAUCCAGCCUGCCGGGGCUGAAAAGCUUCUGCCUCGGAACAAAAGAGGUGCCAAGAAUUAAACUCACGGAGUGCGUGACCAUCCCGAACAGCCCAACGUCACCUGAGAUCAGCUGCCUCUCUGCAUCCUACCCGCAGCCCGACCCGGACAAGCAGCUCCUCAGCACCAAGGCUGCCGGUGACGGCGCCCCGUGGGGCUCGGAGGAGGCUGCUCCUGCGGGCAGACCGGACAGGAGCCUCGCACAGAGCGCUGAGCCCGUUGCCGAGACGGGCACGACCUACUGUGUGCGGUACAUGGGCUGUAUCGAAGUGCUGCAGUCAAUGAGGUCCCUGGACUUUGGCACGCGAACACAGGUCACCAGGGAAGCAAUAAGCCGACUGUGUGAAGCUGUAUCAGGUACAAAUGGAGCUAUAAAGAAGCGGAAGCCUCCAGUUAAGUUCCUGUCUUCUGUGCUCGGCAAAAGUAACCUUCAGUUUUCUGGCAUGAGUAUAAAGCUGACCAUUUCAACAAGCAGCCUCACUUUGGUUAAUGUUGACUCGCAGCAGAUUAUUGCCAAUCAUCACAUGCAGUCCAUCUCAUUUGCUUCUGGAGGUGACCCAGAUACAACAGACUAUGUUGCAUAUGUAGCAAAAGAUCCUGUUAAUCAGAGAGCCUGUCACAUCCUGGAAUGCCCCAACGGGAUGGCGCAGGAGGUAAUCCAUACCAUAGGGCAGGCUUUUGAGCUGCGGUUCAAACAGUACCUGAAGAAUCCAUCUAGCCUGGUUACUCCUCACGAAAGUGAGGCAGUGACUACUGAUAGAUCAUCUGGGAACUUGCAGGAGAGGGAGGAUCACGAAUAUUACAACGAAAUUCCAGGGAAAGAGCCUCCCACUGGUGGAGUAUUGGACAUGCGAGUGAAAGUGCAAACAGACCAAAGGGCUAAUUGUCCCACACAGUGCAGAAAGCAGUAUUGUGUGACAGGCAGUCCAACAUUCAUCAAUAUAUAUGAAAAUUGCCCAGAAGAAAACAAAACUGUGGGUAAUGGGGGUGAAAGAGCACAGAAGACAAAAAAAGAUGGAGCAUUGCUGAAGCCUACCUACAGAACAGAUCUUUUUGAUGAUCCAUGUUACAUCAACACACAGACCCUGCACUCCGCAGUGUGUACCGCCCGCGGCACAGCAACAGCACAGACCCACGGGAGCCCACUGCGCCACGCGAAAUUACCGGAAGCUGUUCAGCAGAGUGCUGCAAGCAACACAGCUGGUCUCUGUAUCAUGCCACCAAUAAAACAACAGCUAAAGAAUGAAGACUGUUACCAUGGCAAAUUAAACAGAAAAGCAGCAGAAAGCCUCCUAGUCAACGACGGGGAUUUUUUGGUGCGAGAGAGCACAACAUCACCUGGUCAGUACGUCCUCAGUGGACUUCAGGGAGGGCAGGCAAAGCAUCUCCUGUUGGUGGAUCCUGAGGGCAAGGUAAGAACCAAAGACCAUAUAUUUGAUAGCGUGGGUCAUCUUAUUCAGUAUCACAUGGAAAAUAAUUUGCCAAUCAUCUCUUCUGGAAGUGAAGUGAGCUUGAAACAGCCUGUAAGGAAAGAGAGUAACAUGGGACACACGCAUUACCACAAAUAAUCCCUUGGAUCUCACAAAUCCCAAGACAAUUCAUUUCUGAAACUUCAUUGACUAUUAAGAAACUUUAUAUUAUGAAGCCAAUUAAAAAAAAAUAGACUGCACUUUCUGCUGCUGUUCCAGAAGACUUCUUUUUUGUGUGUGUAUGUAUGAAUAUAUGUAUAUGUGUAUAUCUAUGUAGAUCUAUAGAGAUCAAUAUGCAUAGUUAUAUAGAUAUAUAUAAUCUUAACCUUAACAAAAUUAUACCUUCAGAGUGUGAGAUUCAUUUGUGAAAAGCUAUUUUAGACAUGCACAAAUGUCACUUUCAAGGUCAUACUGAAUCAGUAACUAUUUAAAAGCACAAUUAAACCUUUACAUGCAAAAGCUCACUUGAACGAACUGCUGGAACAUUAGUAUGUGCCUUUUAGCAUAGAAUUAUUGGAAACAAAUACUAUUUAUACUGAAUUAAUUUUGGGUGAUUAAACAAACAUGUCUAAGGUUUUAACUAUUUGCCAAAACAAAUACAAUUUGAAUACUACUAAAAUAUCAUCUGCUUUCGAUAGACACUAAUGAUUUCAUUUUGCUUGUAACAGCACUUUACUAGCAAGUAGUGUUUGAAAUUAAUAGCAUUCACAAUACAGAAAGGUUGUCUGAUUUCUUAAUUGUUUUUUUAUCACUGUCUGCCUACUCAAAGACUUGAGAUUAUGCAACAUUUACAAAGUUGAAAUGAAUAUAUGUAAUAUAAUUUUGGAAUAGAACUUGUUAAAGGACAAGCAUGCUAGAUCCUAAUAUUUUUGUGUCUUGCAUAUGAUUUUACUAUUAUUACCAAUUAAUACUGGAGAUUUCUCUUUCUAAAGGUAGGCUAAAUAUAUUUUCAUUGAUUCCAUAGACCUUUACAAACUAGAGAAGCUGAACAAAACUAAUGAUGCAUUUUGAGAGAAAAUUAUUUAAAAGACUGUUCGAACUCUGCGUGUGCCCUUAUUCAGUGUUCUUUCCAAAAUGAUAUAAGGUUUUCCCUUUCUUCAUGUAGAGUCCAUCUGCUCCUAAACAUGGAAAAAAAAGACUUCUAAAGGAAAUCUAUGAAUUGUUUUGCCACAAUAAAUACUCUAUAAAUAUGAACAA